UCAAAUUAAAUUUGAACCUAAAAUCAUGUCUGAUAAACGACAAUUGCUUAAGAAAUACAUGAAAUGUCUCGACGAGAUGAAGAGCGAGCUGAAGAGGCGUCAGCUUAAGAAGACCCUCAAGACCCACAUAAAGGCCUUGAACGAUUUGGAAUGCGAGUUAAAGCGACGAGAGGGCAAGCAUACUGGUGGAAAACGUGGACGGGUCUGUGAUUCAUCAAAUCUGCCGCAUCCCCAGAUUCUGGAGGAAUACACCACACCAUACUGUCGUUUAAGAGAAGAGGCCAGGGAACUGCUAGAGGCUGCUGUGGUCGCUCGUAAAGAGGCCUAUGUGCCUUACAGUAAGUUUCCUGUGGGCGCCUCCUUCCGCUCCAAGUGCGGCUACGUAUAUUCCGGCUGUAACAUUGAGAAUGUGGCCUUUACGCCGGGUUGCUGUGCCGAGCGUACGGCCCUGGCCAAGGGUGUGAGCGAGGGACAACUGACGUACACUGCGGGUGCAGUGGUGGCCUAUCAUCCAAAGGGUUUCACCACGCCGUGCGGCGUGUGCCGUCAGUUUUUACGAGAAUUUGCCUGCCGGGAUUUCCCGAUCUAUAUAGCCAAUGCCCCGUGCCCGGACAGGGAGGGCGCCAUACCGGCCAUCAGGGACGAAGAUGAGGUGCUGGUCACCUCUGUGUAUCGCCUACUGCCCCACAGCUUCAAUACUUUCGAAUAAAGCAGUAACUUUAAUCGUGAA